UGAUGGUGGGUGCUGAAGUUCUGAACUCGCCACACGCGACAUGGGCGGAUUUGUGUGCAGUACAGCGAUGGCAAACUUGGAAGUCCGUACAGGAUAAUGAGAGCUCAUUAUUUCCUGACUUUAUCUUACUGAUUACGCAGUGGCUGCUUCGAGGUCGCAUGCUGAGAAAGUGUCCCCGUGUCACGACAUGUACGUGAGGUGCUUGACGAAGUGUUCUAGAGAAGCAGCAGCGGGUGCUGGUAUGCAUCAUAUUAAAGAUGAGCCCAAAGACAUUGGCGAUUCAGCAUCUUCAGGUUGCAGCUCUUCAGAUGCCGAGAUCAACAUCAGCACAACAACAGCUCAGCCUCCCGUCGACAACACUGUCCCAGUCACCGUAGAUGUACGACCCAUGGAUUCCAAGCCUGGAGACUGUGCUCCACACCAGAGCCAGUCUCAAGAGCCAAGCGAAUCAUCAAUCUCUGACCAGGAGAAGGACAGGAUAUACAAGUGUGAUGUGUGUUCGGCUACGUGCAUUGACGUGGAACACCUAGCUAACAAAGCGAACACAUUCACCUGCGACACAUGUCAACACAAACGGACAGACACAGACCUGAUACCAUACAAGUGCAAUCUCUGUUCUGCAGAGUUCAGAAGCAGUGCGAACCUGCGGCACCACAAGCAGACGCACACGGGAGAGAAGCCAUACAAGUGCGAUCUGUGUCCUGCGCAGUUCUGCCACAGCCCGAGCCUGCGGAGCCACAAGCAGACCCACACGGGCGAGACGCCGUACAAAUGCGACAUCUGUUCUGCAGAGUUCAACCGUAGCAGAAACCUGCUGCGUCACAGGCUGAUACACACGAGCGAUAAGCCGUACAAGUGCAACCUCUGUCCAGCAGAGUUCAUCCGCAGCACGGACCUUCAGCGUCAUACGAACACGCACACGGGUGAGAAGCCGUACAAGUGUGACCUCUGCCCUGCGAGCUUCAGCCAGGGCAUGCACCUGCAGCGUCACAAGCGGACACACACGGGCGAAAAGCCGUACAAGUGCGACGUCUGCCCCGCAGAGUUCGGCCACAGCGCGAACCUGGCACGUCACAAACAGACGCACACGGGAGAAAAGCCGUACAAGUGUCACCUCUGUCCUGCAGAGUUCAGGAGCAGCUCAAACCUGCAGUGCCAUAAGCGGACACACACGGGGGAGAGGCCGUACAAGUGCGAUACCUGCCACGCAAGGUUCAGCCGCAGCACAGACAUGAAGCGUCACGCGCUGACGCACACUGGUGAAAAGCCGCACAAGUGCCAUCUCUGUCCUGCAAAGUACAGCCGCAGUACAGACCUGCGGUGCCACUUGCAGAUGCAUGCAGUUGAGACGCCCUACAAGUGAGAUAUGUGCCCUGCAGACUUUGGCCACAACACAUACCAGCAGCGUCCCCCACAAGCAGGCAGAUACGGGUGAGAAGCAACAUGAGGGCAGUUUCUGUUCAGCAGAGUUUGGCCACAGCAGGAACCAUGCGGCAUCACGUGCUGACCUCUACGUGGUCGAGCAGCCGUACAAGUGCGACGAUCACUUUUUUUUUCAUGGUUCAGCCAGAUGGUGCAUCUACAGCGUCACAAGCUGAUACACGCUGGGGAGAAGAGCCUCUGUCCUGCGGAGUUAUGCCGCAGCUGCACUGACAUUCCGUGCACCAAGCACACGGACGAGAAGCCAAACAGGUGUGACCUCUAUCCUGCAGAGUUUAGUCGCAGCGUGCACCUGCGGCAUUACAAGCAGACGCAUACGGGGUUCCACACUAAUGGUAGUAUCAGUCCUGCAGCAUUGAACAGGAGAAAGUGCCCGUCGCGUCAAAAGCUGAUCCAGACGAGCAUCAACCCCAUUCUGUUGCAUGUCCUCAACCCGGAGACUGGAAGGAGCUCAUGCUGAACCACAUAGGGGAAAGGCUUUACAGAUGCCACCUCAUCACAGCUUUCACUGCUGUCGAUUGCAUCAAACUCGCAUGAAUAGACAGAGUUUGUUACUGUCUGUUAACGUGAAACUUGUUAGCUGUCUGGUGCCUGAAUGAUUACAGAUUUGGAUGGAAAUGUGCGCUGCUUUGGACAGGCAGUGUGAGAGGCAGUGAUUGAUGGUUUCACCGCAUAUCAGAGUGUCAGACUGAAAAUGUUGUGGAGUUGGGUUGAGACAUAAAGUUCAGUUCUGAUUUGGCUCUA